CCAAAAAAUCUUUGCCGCCUCUCCUCUCUCUCUCUACAAACCCUCUCUUCUCUAUCUUCUCUCUAAAACCAAAACAUUCCCGACCUCCGUCGCUGCUCUUCUUCGCCGACCUCCGUCGCCGCUCCGCCUCCCUCCGUUCAUCCCUCAACAGCGCCGCCACCGUCUCUCCUUCUCAAACAGCCGCCGCCGCCGCUCUCUCCGUCCCGCUUCCCGUGAGAGAAUCUAUAAGCAGAUUGAAGGUGCCAUUUUGAAAUAUCAAGUAAUUAAGGAAAAUAUCAAAGGAAAGCGGAAGCGGUAAAACAGGAAGAGAUGAGUGCUUACAACGCUUUUAAAGCUUGUGCUCCAGUCGCAUGGAGCCCUAAUCUAUACAUAACCCUUGUAAGGGGUAUUCCGGGCACAAGAAGGCUCCAUAGGCGUACCCUUGAGGCAUUGCGUCUUGGCAAAUGCAACCGGACUGUAAUGCGAUGGAACACACCUACUGUUAGGGGAAUGCUUCAGCAGGUGAAAAGAUUGGUUGUCGUUGAGACAGAAGAGAUGUACAAGGCACGUAUGGAGAAAAUAGCUAAUCACAAAGCUCUACGCCCUCCUUUGGUUAUAAACCAUCACGCAGCCCCUGCAGCUGAUUCAGUUCAGUAACUGUCGAAACUCUUUCCUGGAAAGCAGAAGCAGUAAAACAAGAGGCGAACCCAGGAUUUGAAGCUUGUGGGUGCACCAGUGUUGUCAAAGAUGCGCAUAAGUCUCGAAGCUAGACUCAAAAUGUGUUGAGCGGUCGCAUGGCUUAGUGUGCAGCUUAGGUCCUAAUUUCUAAUACAUAUUUGUCCUUGUCAAUGAGGCUUUCUAAAGAGACUAACACUAAACAAUUAAUAUUUCACUUCAUUAAAAAAAUGAUUUUUUUUUUCA